GGACGAGGAGGAGGCGGAGUUUGAGGAGUUGUGUGAGCAGGUGGCCUCCAGCCCCUUAUUGUUGGACGUGGUUGUGAGUGAGGAGGUGGGGCGGCUGGCGGGAGACUGUCAGGACUUCUUCCUGUUCGAGGAGAGCAUCAGAGCCAUGCUGCUGGCGCUGCUGCGGGACACGCGGGUCGCCAGCCGGCUAGCCGCGCCGCCGCUGACAGCCCUGCACGCCGCAUCUGCCGUACAAGCCGUACCCGUACCGCCGCCGCGACCCCUGGGAGCCUGCCGUACGGCGACAACGACGGGAGCAGCAGGGGCAGACAGUGGCGGCGGAGGGGGUGAUGUGAUGGCUGCUAAUGGCGGCGGCGGCGGCAGCAGUAGCAGUACUGUACGGCAGACGGCGGCGGCGACGUCACACUGGUCUUUGUCGUACUACCCUCCCAGCGGGGUGUUGCCGUACAGGGGUUUGUCGCUGCUGGCGGCGCCGCUGUGUUACUUGUACGACAACCCCGCAUCGUCGUACCGCCUGUUCCGAGCGAUGUACUGCAGGUACUGGUGCAAGCUGCACUCCCUGAGCACCUCCCCGCCCCCCACCUGCCCCGCCCUGCCGGGCCUGCUGAGGGUGUUUGAGGAAAUCAUGCAGGCCCUGGACCCGCUCCUCCUGCGCCACCUGCAGCGGCUGGGUCUGCUGCCGGGCGCACUGGUGGCUCCCUGGAUGUGCUCGGGCUUCGCGGGGGCACUGCCGGUGCAGGAGGUGUUGCUGCUUUGGGACCGUAUCAUCGGACUGGACUCACUGCUGCCCCUGCCGCUGCUGGCAGCUGCCGUACUCUGCUUCCGCCGCCCCGUGCUGCUGUCCUGCGGCUCUCCCCGGGAGGUGAUGGCGGCGCUGGGCGACAUCAGCCAGCUGGGCGCAGUGCCGCUCAUGCAGGCGGUGCUGUUCCCGGGGUAGGGCUAGCAGGCGGGAGGGCUAGCAGGCGGGAGGGCUGGGGGCGGGCAUGUGAAAGAGGAGGGCUAGCAGCGGGCGAGAGGGCUAGCAGCGGGCGAGGAGGGCUAGCAGCGGGCGAGGAGCGCUAGCAGCGGGCGAGGAGCGCUAGCUGCGGGCGAGGAGGGCUAGCAGCGAGCGAGGAGCGCUAGCUGCGGGCGAGGAGGGCUAGCAGCGAGCGAGGAGGGCUAGCAGCGGGCGAGCAGCAGGCGGGUAAAUAAGAAGGGUAGCAGACGGAGGUGGGUGGUCGGAGGAGGAGCUGGGGAAUGGGGUGAUCUACAACUGACCGCAUUGCAACACUGACCGCGAACGUAUAUGCGGUAGGUAGACUGGAGGGUGUAGCCAGGUAUUCGAAAAGGGGCAGGAUUGUGAGGGCGGAGGAGAGCAUGCAGGUGCCUGCUGACGAGGG